CAAUGCAAUUUCAUUUUAAAAUUGAAGACAAGGACAUCGUGCCUGCGGCUGCCAGUCAUGUGAUCAAUCCGCACAGUUCUUUGCAGCCCCAGCAGCCCGCUGUGCUGGUGGAGCCGAAGGAUGCCCAACAUGAAAUCAAGCUGCAAAACAUUGUGGCAACCUUCUCCGUUAACUGCGAACUGGACCUCAAGACCAUCAAUUCCCGGACCCGCAACUCUGAAUACUCGCCCAAGCGUUUCAGGGGCGUAAUCAUGCGCAUGCACUCGCCCCGCUGCACGGCGCUCAUCUUUCGCACGGGCAAAAUCAUCUGCACUGGGGCCCGCAACGAGAGGGACGCUGACAUUGGCUCCCGCAAGUUUGCGCGCAUUCUCCAGAAGCUUGGAUUCCCCGUCAAGUUUAUGGAGUACAAGCUGCAGAAUAUUGUAGCCACGGUGGACCUGCGCUUCCCCAUACGCCUGGAGAACCUCAAUCAGGUGCACGGCCAGUUCAGUUCCUACGAGCCAGAAAUGUUUCCCGGCCUCAUUUACCGCAUGGUCAAACCACGCAUUGUCCUGCUGAUAUUUGUCAAUGGCAAGGUAGUCUUUACGGGUGCCAAGUCGCGAAAGGAUAUCAUGGAUUGCCUGGAUGCCAUUUCACCUAUACUGUUAAGCUUCCGAAAGACGUAGACGGAUAUCUGUGGAAACGGAUAUCGGUUAUUAUCGAGAGUAUUUUUAAAUAGUUUUUUAAACGCCUUUUUAAGAACAAUGCCAUUAUUUAGAUGUGUAGCACAGAUGAUAUUUCAUAGAAAAUUUACAUAUAUAUUUAUAGA